AUGGAGCCUGUUCCCGAGACGGAGCGGAUGGAGGAGUUUCGCCCUUCGCCGCUACCGACUCUGCACCUGGGAGGCUCCCAGUACGACUCCUCGCUCGACCUCAACAUCAUAAAGAAGCCUGCAAACACUCGACGCAGCACCGAUCCUAUCCCCUCUAGCUACUCCUCCUCUAGCCUCUGGACGCCUUCACCCACCUCCAUACCCUUUCGCCCUCGCACCGCCUCUCCGCUCUCUAAUACACAUACUCGCUCCUUUUCUGCGACCAGUAUAACCUCUGCUCCUUCCAUGUCCCGGACACGGUCCUUGCCUGGAGUCAAUGGCUCUGGCCACAUUCUCCUUUCGCCUCAGCUGCGUCCCGCCAGCCCGUCUUCUCCCAGCCGCGUACGAACCCCACGAAAGGCCUCCGACGAAGCUUUCCCACCAAUGUCUCCCGUGAGAACGACAGUCCUGGAACCAGAGAGGCGAUCUUCGGAACGAAGCAGCUCUCCUAGUUUGAGGUCUUCCUCUUCCUCCUCUACGCGCUACCGUCGGACUUCCUCGCCGUUCCGAAACAUGCCACCCCCCAUUACCAGCUCUUACACAAAUCUGCCGACUACUCCUUCCUCUUCCGCCUCUUCGCCUUUUUACAGAGGCUAUGAUAACUAUGGCGGAAGUCUUUCAUCCAUCCCAUCCACACCGACUUCUGCCAGAUCACGCAGCCCGAGUAUCUCGAGCCUGGAAACGAUCCCCGAUUCUCCAGACGCCGAAGAGGCAGCCCUCGAGGCUGAGCGGCAAGCGCAGCUGCAGGCAGCUGCCAACGAAUCAGCAGAAGGCAGUGACUCAUCAUCCGACUCCAAGGGACGAAGCAGCCUCGACACGCCGACCCGUGGCCGAACCCUGACCUUUGGACCCCGCGACAAGCGCAAGCGAUGGAGCGUCUGUGGUGCUGAACGACGAGGCGACUUGGACCUCGAAACGAUUUGGGAAGAUUGA